AACAAACACUGACAUGUGAUCCACUUCAAACAGAGGAUUUAACGCACUGAUGACACUGUACACAGCGCGAUGUGAUGUUGACACCAAACAGGACAGAACGAAAACAAACAAAGCCUGCUGAAACACAAGAAAGGUCUGACCAUACUGAAAUGCAAAGACACGCGCGCGCGCGCACGGCGGACUCAAUACAGGCGGAGACGGAGUUGCGCACAAACUCAUCACGACCAAUGACGACUAACAGGGGAAUGAGUGGCGUCAAAGGAGUCGCCGGACUGCGAAGUCAGUCAAUAUAUCCGUCCUCAGUAAAUGGUUUACGCUGUCGUCACCUGUCAUGAUCUCAGUCACAAUUGGAGAAACUCCAGCCACUCAAGGCCACUCUGAUUUCACAUGGUGCACCGGCAGAAAAGGGUUACACAGAAAGACUCUUCAACACACAUCACAUAACAUGGAUGAGAAUCAGAGGAGCUCAAGGCCGGCAUCUUCCCAAUGCCAUUCCCCACCUGCGAGCCCCUGGAGAAACAUGGUGGAAUAUUUCAAGAAGCUUAUCAAGAACUCCAUAUCUCAGAAGGUUGGUGAAUGGGUAAAGGACUACUGUAAAAGGAACGGUCUGCUCACUUUGUCCGUGUUAGCGGUGAUCUCGGGCUGUGUGGUGGGCUUCACAUUGAGAAGCCUGGACUUGUCAACACAGGCAAAGAUCUAUUUUUCUUUUCCUGGGGAACUUUUAAUGAGAAUGUUGAAAAUGUUGAUCCUUCCUCUCAUCACAUCCAGUUUAAUGUCUGGCUUGUCUGCUAUGGACACAAAGGCCAGUGGACGUCUGGGUCUUCUGACCAUCACAUAUUACCUGUGGACGACCUUCGUCGCUGUUAUUGUGGGCAUUGUUCUGGUGCUGAUCAUUCAUCCUGGCACUGGUACUGAGAAAGAAGGCCAUAAAGCUGCAGGAGGGCCGGUGAUGACAUCAGCCGAUGCCCUUCUUGAUUUGAUCAGGAACAUGAUCCCAUCCAAUCUGAUCGAGGCCACAUUUCAGCAGUAUAAAACAGAGCUCGUGCCUAAUUUUAAAAACAGUGCAAAAUCAUCACAGGCCAACUUUGUGUACAUUAUGCCAGACCAUGAUAACCCAAAGAUGGGUCACCCUGUGUUUCUGGAACUGACUCCUCCACCCGAGAUCCACUAUAAGAUCGUUCCAGGGAAAAGCAAUGGGAUGAACGUGCUGGGAAUCGUCAUUUUCUCGGCCACUAUGGGUCUUCUGCUUGGUAGAAUGGGAUCGAGAGGUUUACCGCUUGUGAACGUGUGUCUGUGUGUCAACGAGUGUGUGAUGAAGAUCAUCAAUGCUGCUAUGUGGUACUUUCCAUUCGGAAUUGUGUUUCUGGUUGCUGGGAAGAUUCUGGAUAUGCAUGACCCGGCGGUGCUCGCUGAGAAGCUGGGCAUGUACUUCAUUACUGUUCUUGCCGGACUGUUCGUCCAUGGUGUGAUAUUACUACCGAUGUUCUUCUUCCUGAUCACCCGGAAAAACCCCUUUAGCUACAUCCGUGGGCUCCUGCAGGCUCUGGUUAUUGCUUUGGCAACUUCAUCCAGUUCAGCUACUCUGCCCAUAACAAUGAAGUGUUUGCUGGAAAACUGUCACGUGGAUCGGAAAAUAGCUCGUUUCGUGCUUCCCGUCGGAGCCACUAUCAAUAUGGACGGCACGGCGUUGUACGAGGCAGUGGCUGCCAUCUUCAUCGCACAGGUCAAUGAGUACGAGCUUGAUUUUGGACAGCUCGUCACUAUCAGCAUCACGGCUACCGCGGCCAGCAUAGGAGCAGCUGGAAUCCCACAGGCCGGUCUUGUUACCAUGGUUAUCGUCUUAACCUCAGUGGGUUUGCCUCCGGAUGACAUCUCACUCAUUGUGGCCAUUGACUGGAUCCUAGACAGAUUUCGAACAAUGAUCAACGUGCUUGGAGAUGCUUUAGCGGCGGGGAUCAUGGCUCACGUGUGCAGAAAAGACUUUCAGACGAACAACCCAUCAUCAAACAACUCGGAAAGGAGGGAUACUGUAAUAUCCUUUGGAAACCAAAGCGUGCAGAGUUUUCCCACAUCUAAGACGCCGCUGCUGGCCAACAGGGACUACAUCUUAGAGGUCAUCGGGGAUCAGGUGACCGAGAGACCGUCGCCCUGUUUCAACCUCCGCCAAGUCUAACGUCGCGAUACUGAGAAGAAACAGAAGCUGCCUUGAGUUCACAAAAACCUUUCUUCGUUUUCUUGUAACACUCUUGUGCCAUUCUGUCUUUUUACAUCAGACAUGAUAGGUUUACUUCAACACUCGCCUUUGGUGGAGCUGAAAAACGGGCCGAUGCUUCAAUGUGGGGUUUUUCCGCCUGACAUCACAGGAAUUUGUAACUAUUUUGCGAGGUGGCUAAUUGGAUGUGAAUUGUAGAUUAGUUUAGAAAAAGAGCAAGAAUAAAGCCUCGCCCAUAAACCCCUUAAAAUUCACCGGGGGUUCAUAUUAAAACAUAUAGAUAUGAGCACAUGAAUUCAUAUGAAUUAGGCACCUUGUAAAUGUUAUGAACUGCCAUGAGAGUGUUGUUAGAGUUUGUUCAAGUAAAAACCUCCUGUUCAGAUUGUUUUUUAUACAUUCGUGUUCUAGAAUUGCCUUAAAAUGCAAUAAAAUAGCACAGUUAAUGACAACAUAAUAUCCCAAUGGAUAAUAGUUCAAGUUCAACUAGUUUCCGUUGUGUGUGUCGAUGACCAAAAAACUAAAAUAUACUGUACGGUAUCACUUAGAAAUCACAAAGAUGUUUCAGAACACACAAAGCCCUCUGUUCACGUCAAUUAGUUAUUUGGACAAAAUUCUGUACUUC